AUGGCUUGUGCCUAUAAGACCAUGGAAAAAUACAAAUUGACCCCAGGGGCUGCUCUGCACCAGGGUCAUGAGAAAUUGCCCCAGGUGCUACACCAGAGUCAUGAGAAAUUGACCCCAGGGGCUGCUCUGCACCAGGGUCAUCAGAAAUUGAUCCCAGGGACCCUGGGACUACUCCUCAAGGCUCAGUACCCCGAGGGAAUAACUGAUCACAAAGAGUGGACGUUGCCAAAGAUAGCUGAACCAUCGAUCAAUACCCCCAAGAUCCCCAAGUUCGGAGGAAAACAGCGAGCGCUCGAAAACCAUCCCCAUCAGUCUCCACCUCUGUCAGUGUCCAUCCCCACGCCCCUCAGUCUCCGUGCACUUUCAGUUUGCUCUCCCACCGCCCCUCCAGCUUCCCCGGAGGUGGCUGCAGAACCUACCACAGAGGAACUCGCAGCGUGUCCCCGCUGCUGGGACAAGGAGUCGUCGGGGAGUUUCCCCCACCCCCGAGCUUUAACCUCCCUCAUGGAGUCUUUAGUUUUCUCUCACCAGCCCACCUGGGACUACUGUCAGCAACUCCUGCAGACCCUCCUCACUACAGAGGAGAGACAGCGGGUGCUUCUAGAGGUGCACAAAAAUGUGCCAGACUCACUGCUUCCAGCCAGCCCUUGUUUGCCUUUGAGUGGAAAGACCCAGAGCUGGGGAUCCGGACAACUGACCCGAACCAGACUGCCUCAGGGGUUUAAGAAUUCACCCACCAUCUUUGAUGAGGCACUACAUCGAGAUCUUGCACAUUUUAAGGCCUCCAAUCCCCAGGUAACCCUACUCCAAUAUGUGGAUGAUCUCUUACUGGCUGCAGACAUGGAGCAAGAGUGUCAUCAAAAGACUUGGGACUUACUGUCUGAGCUUGGAACUCUCAGAUAUGGGGCUUCUGCCAAGAAGGCCCAGAUCUGCCAACAGCAGGUUAGUUACUUGGGGUACCUCCUUAAAAAUGGACAGAGGUGGUUGACAGAAGCACGAAAGAAAGUAGUCUCACAAAUCCCCCCACUGAAAGACCCUCACCAGGCACGAGAGUUUCUAGGGACUGCGGGAUUCUGUAGACUCUGGAUACCGGGGUUUGCUGAAAUGGCAGCACCCCUCUACCCAUUGACUAAGGCUGGGGCCCCCUUCACAUGGGGGCCCAAGGAACAACAGGCCUUUGACAAAAUCAAAAGGUCCCUGUUAUCGGCCUUGGCCUUGGGACUGCCUGAUGUGGCCAGACCAUUUCACCUGUUUGUAGUGGAGGCUAAAGGGAUAACCAAAAGAGUCCUCACCCAAAGACUAGGCCCCUGGGACCGACCAGUGGCUUACCUGUCAAAGAAACUAGAUCCUGUAGCAGCAGGAUGUCCCAGUUGUUUAAGGGCCAUGGCAGCAGUUGCCCUCCUGGUCAAAUAUGCAGAUAAACUGACUUUGGGCCAGAACUUGGCCAUUAUGGCCCCUCAUGCCUUAGAAAGCGUGGUUCGUCAACCUCCUGAGCACUGGCUGACUAACGCAUGGAUGACUCACUACCAGAAACUGCUCCUCAAUUUGUGUUGGAUAAAAUUUACGCCAGCAGCCCGCCUCAACCCGGCAACCCUCCUUCCCAAGGCAGAUGAGACCACAUCUGUAGAACAUGACUGCCAACAGAUCCUUGCCCACACUCAUGGAACUAGAGAAGAUCUAACUGAUCAGCCCCUUUCAGAUGCUGAUUUGACUUGGUUCACAGAUGGGAGCAGCUUCAUACAAAAUGGACUCUACUGGGAAGUUGAUUUUACAGAGGUAAAGCCUGCUAAAUAUGGUAACAAAUAUCUGCUAGUUUUUAUAGAUACCUUUUCAGGAUGGGUAGAAGCCUUCUCUACCAAAAAUGAGACUGCAAAAACUGUGGUAAAGAAGAUCCUGGAAGAAAUAGUCCUGCGGUUUGGAGCACCUAAGGUACUAGGGUCUGAUAAUGGUUCGGCAUUUGUGGCCCAGGUAAGUCAGGAUGUGGCCAAGUUUCUAGGGACCAAUUGGCGUUUACAUUGUGCUUAUAGAUCCCAGAGCUCAAGUCAGGUAGAAAGAAUGAGCAGAACUUUAAAAGAGACCUUAACUAAAUUGUCCUUAGAGACUGGCAGUACAGACUGGAUGAUGCUCCUUCCCUUAGCCCUCUUCCAUGCCAGAAAUUCUCCUUCCACCUUUAACCUGACCCCCUUUGAGAUACUCUAUGUCCCCCCACCCAUCCUGUCCAUGACAGACAGUUUUGAUCCUAGCCAGAUUGGUGAUUCUGAUCCAUAUACUAGGCUAAAAGGACUCCAACUGGUUCAGAGAGAUGUGUGGGCUCAGCUAGCAGAUCAUUACCAGCCAGGACCAGAUAUCGAGAUCCACCCCUUUAGUGUGGGAGACUCAGUCUACGUCAAAAGGCAUCACCCCAACAGCCUUGAGCCUCAGUGGAGACCUUACACCAUUCUCCUGACCAUGCCCACCGCUCUCAAAGUAGACAGCAUCACUGCCUGGAUCCACACCUCACAUGUCAAGCCAGCCAGCCCCAAUCCCAGAACGGAAUGGUGAGUAACAAGGACAGACAACCCUCUCAAGCUAAAGUUACAGUGGCAUGUAGACUAA